CUAACACACACUCAGACACAUGUAGGCAACAUCAGGAAUUCAUGUGUGUCUCAUAAAUCUUGCGAGUGUUUAAGAGGGGACAGAAGAUUCCAAUUUUUAGGAUCAGUCCAGGAAGGACUCAUCACAGAAUUUAACCAGACUUAUAACUAACUCCACACUGAUUUAUUUUAAUGCCUUCCCUGCUACACAGCCAUGUGGGUUGCUCUGGCCUUGUUGCUCGCCCUCUCCAGUGGGGCUCUUUCUCUGGACAAACUCAACAUGUGUAUGGAUGCAAAACACCACAAAGUGUCACCUGGCCCUGAGGGAAAACUGUACCUUCAGUGUGCUCCAUGGAGAGAAAAUGCAUGUUGUAAGGCCAACACCACUGAACAAGCCCACGAAGAUAACUCCUACUUGUACAACUUCAACUGGAAUCACUGUGGUGCCAUGAGCCCCAGUUGCAAGAAACAUUUCAUCCAGGACACGUGCUUCUAUGAGUGCUCGCCACACUUGGGCCCCUGGAUACAAAAGGUUGAUCAGUCCUGGCGCAAGGAGCGUAUUUUGGAUGUGCCUUUGUGUAAGGAGGACUGCCAUGAAUGGUGGGAAGACUGCAAGAAUGACAUGACCUGCAAAACUGACUGGCACAAGGGAUGGGACUGGAGCUCAGGUAUUAACAAAUGCCCUGCAGACAGUAAAUGCAGAAAGUGGACGGAUGUUUACCCAACAGCCAAAGAUAUGUGCGAACAGAUCUGGUCCAAUUCCUACAUUUAUACCACCCACUCUAAAAGCUCAGGUCGCUGCAUGCAGCUCUGGUUCAACGGGACAAACCCCAACAAGGAGGUGGCAAAGUACUACCUGAACAGCGCACAGCAGCACCAGAGCUUUGCCUUGAUAUCACUGCUCUUUAUGGCUUUCUCAGCUUUAUUUGUGAUGUUGUAGUGCAAUCAUAGCUUUAUCCCGCACCAAACCCUUUGUGUUCAUUUCUUUGUUACAGUUUCAGAAAGAAAAAAUCUAUUUACAUUUGACUUAUAAUUCUAAUAUAUACAUGGUGUGUGCAUGGUUGGUUUAACAUAUGACAGGAAGAAUGUGAUUCUCUUACUAAUUAUUAUUAUUAUUAUAACAAUAAUAUUAUUUUAUCAAAAAUAUUAUUUUAUUAAAAAGAUCCCUCUGUGUUGAAUCCAGUUGAACAAAACUCAUAUUGUCCUGCUUUUAAUAUUUUUUUUCAUUUUUGUUCUAAUAGUUUCUUGUACAGCCAACCACAACACCUCUCUCCAUUACUCUGGAUUAGAACAUUUUAACAUAAUAUGAAUAAACAAGAUCAAAUUCAA